CUAAAGUAAAUGUUCUGUUUAGUUUCCAUGCUUUUUCCUAUUCUUCCUAUGGUGAAAAGGAAGAAGAAGAGGCAUGAACAAGCCUUCAGCACCCAGGGUAGCAAACUGAUGGCUGCUAUUGUUACUGUUCCCGAUAGAGUUGGAUGAGCUUCGUCUUCCAGAAGAGAGGUGUUGGGUUUUAGCAGCUCAGAUGUCUUAUCCCUGCGGCUCUAUCUUCUCACUCUCCACAAAGCUGCAGCCGUGGGAAUGCUUGCUUAUGACAUAGAGAAACUUUCCGACCAAGAAGCUGUCAAAACUUUGUGAUGUUGCAGAUGAAGAAGAUGAUAUCGGAUGCAAAAGAUCAGAGGUUAGUUUCUUUGCUUGUACUCAUCAGAUGGCGCUUGAAAGGUUUCAUGGUUCUGAUCAUAAGAUCUUGAAGUGAAAACACGCUUAAUAUGCUUCUUCAAUAUGUUAUCAUAAGAUCUAGAAGUGUGUUAAACUAAAAUUUCAUAAACCCAACCCAAAGCACUCUUAUGGAUUGAUCGAAAAAUGUAAGAUUUCAGUUGAAAGUCAACCCACUGAAAACUAAAUUUGUUGGUGACGACAUCCGAAAUUUGUCGCUUACAUGCACCUAAAUCUAAAUCCGUAAGGCUGUGGUCCACAUAGUGACUCUGACCCAAACUCAAUCAGUGUACUGAGUUUUGGACCAGAAUAUUAGGCUGUUUAAAUUAUUUCCCAACAUCAAUUCCAUCUGAUUACAUUUGCAUUUUUGGUCACGAGAUUAUGAUUUCUGGCCCUCCACACCCACAAUAGAAAACGCAUGAAGCUUAUCGACACCCCCCCUCCUAAAUUCCACCACCGGAUAAUAAACCUCACCACGACGUUACCCACUUCAUAAUCUUCGGUAUGGAAAACCCCCCCGACGUCGAACAUAAAACGUUACAUAGCUAAUUUGGACCGUGCCGGUGUUAUGGCUUUUUUGGGAAUAAACAAAUUAGUAGGGGGUAAAACGAAAAAAGUAUAACGAGUACUUCUGUCAAUAUAAGUUCAACGGGGGGUUUCGUAAGGCGUUUUUGGGAAUAUAUAGUUUGAGUAGGGGGUUACACGUAAAAAGGGUGACAUUAUACCUGUCCUCCGACCACUAUAAGCCUUAACUCCGUCCCCUCCUCCCGCUCCGCCUCGCUAUCCGUUUCGCUUCUCUCUUCCUUUCUCUGUAAUCUAAAAAAGAAAAGCGUAGAGAGAGAAAGAGAGAAGAGAGAGGAGAAGAAAAGCCGCAGCAGAAGCCAAUGCCCAAAAAGCCAUGUCCGAAGCCGCCGAACACUCCUCCGCCUUAGCCCUCCUCCACCACCACCACCAACCGCCGCCACAUCCGCAUGCGCAGCCUCCCGCGUCCCCUUCCGCGGCCGGCGGCAUCGUCCGAUGCUACCGCAAGGGCAACUGGACGCUCCACGAGACCCUCAUCCUCAUCACCGCCAAGCGCCUCGACGACGAACGCCGCGCGGGGGCCUCCUCCUCCUUGGCGCACUGCUCCCCCUCCGCCGCCGCGGGAGGCGGCCCCGUGGCCGUUCCCAGGUCCGCGGAGCAACGGUGGAAGUGGGUCGAGAACUACUGCUGGCGCAACGGCUGUCUGCGGAGCCAGAACCAGUGCAACGACAAGUGGGACAACCUCCUCCGCGACUACAAGAAGGUGCGCGGCUACGAGGCCCGAGCCGGCGGCGGGGAGCUACCGUCUUACUGGGCCAUGGAGCGGCACGAGCGGAAGGAGCGCAACCUCCCCACGAACCUCGCCGGCGAGGUUUUUGAGGCCCUGACCGACGUCCUAAGCCGCCGCGCCGCACGCCGGGCCAACGCCACCCCGGUCUCCUCCCGUCCACCCCCUCCACCCCCCUCGCCCCCCCGGCUGCCGCAGCCGCCUGCCAACCCUCCGCCUCCCCCUCCUCUUCCUCCUCCUCCGCCACCCCCACCACCGCCAGCACAGCCGUCUGUUUCCGUGGAGAUGUCGGAAUCGUCGGAGUCGGAGGAGAACGAGGAGGCGGGGGCGGCGGAGCCGGAGGCGAAGCGGCGCCGGCUGCGGCGGUUAGGGUCGAGCGUGGUGCGGAGCGCGACGGUGCUGGCGCGGACCCUGCUCGCGUGCGAGGAGAAGCGGGAGCAGCGCCACCGGGAGCUGGUGGAGCUGGAGGAGCGGCGUCUGCGGCUGGAGGAGGAGCGGACGGAGAUGCGGCGCCAGGGCUUCGCCGGGCUCAUCUCCGCCGUCAACAACCUCUCCGGCGCGAUCCACGCCCUUGUCGCCGACCACCGCAACGGCGACCACAGGUGAACCGCACCAGACCAGACCGGACCGGACCGUCUCCUCUCCCAAUCUGGCCCAACACGGAGUCGGUGGUUCGGUUGUAAAUAAAUGGCCUUCAAGCGGGUAUCAAUUUUUUGGGUGCGAUUAUUGAUUUGUUUCGACA